GCACAACAGCCCUCAACUCUUCCCUUGUUUGGCGUCUAUUAAACGCAAACCGCGACAAACAUUCGCGGCAUUCCUCUUUCCUGUAAACCUUUCUCGGCCGCAGCCGUCAGUUGCGGGCAAACCCGGAGUGAUUGGAGCUCCCUCAGCCCUAUAACAGCAAUUACAAGUUGUCUAAUCCAAAUACACAAUGAGGUUGGAGAAAUGUUGGUUCUGUUCUUCUACUGUAUAUCCCGGGCAUGGCAUUCAGUUUGUUCGUAAUGAUGCAAAGAUUUUCCGGUUUUGUCGAUCAAAAUGCCACAAGAACUUCAAAAUGAAGAGGAACCCUCGCAAAGUGAAAUGGACCAAGGCUUAUAGAAGAUUGCAUGGAAAAGACAUGACACAAGAUUCGACCUUUGAGUUCGAAAGAAAGCGAAAUAGGCCCGAGAGAUAUGACAGGAAUCUUGCGGAGAACACUCUGAAGGCAAUCAAGAAGAUAGAUAAAGUCAGAACUGAUAGGGAGAUAAGACACCUGGAGAAGAGGAUGAAAGGCAAGAAUAUCAAGGAGCGGAGGGAGGCAGCGAAGGAAUUGGAACAGGGUAUCCAUUUGGUCAAAGCUCCUCUGGCUCUCAAACAAGAGCCAUCUCUCACACUACCGAAAAUCUCAGUCAAGGUUCCACAACAGCAGGCCCAGGAAAAUCAAGCAAUGGAAGAAUGAAUUUGUCUUUGAGCACUGACAUUGUUUUUUCGCUCAUCUUCCCUCAGGUUUUUGUUUGUGUUAUAACUUUUGGCCGAACAUUUUUCUCUGUCAGUUUCUAAGUUUGUGUAAGUUCGGUAAGUAUGACACUCACUGUUGUGUUUUCCUUUUUCUCCUCGUUCGAGGAAUUAUAACUAUGUUAUCAGUUUUGUGUUUGGUCUGCGAGAUAUUAAAA